UAGAGGUCGAAUGUUCCUUAGCGACUAGCGAGAUAGCGACUGUAGUUCAACGGUUUGUUUGUGUAGUGGUGGUUAGUGUUACAAAAUCCGUGUGUUUAGGCGUGUUGGUGUUGUGGAAGUUACUGUGUUUUAUCUGUUUGUGGACAUUUUUUAUGUUUCCAUCAGAUAUCAAGAGGAUUACGGUAUUCCACGAAGCUAGACAUGAAGAAAUCUCAUAAGGAAUCGGUGACACCUAAAACACUGCCGCGGAAAACGUUAAGGCCUCGCAGAGUUAGAUUUGACCUGCCUGUGAAGGAGAAAGAGGUUUCACCAUCUCAGGAUACAUUGAAGGAGUCUAGCUCUCGUCAGAAGAAAGUGAAAUCCUCCCCAUCUUCUCCAACAGUUAAAGGGUCAUCUGUGGCAAACAGGACAAGAAAAAGAAAGCGGUCUGUGGCACCUUCCUCCCGUCUGCAGAAAGAACCAGAAUGCAACCUUAUUAAGGGUGAUUUGCCAGCUGGACAGUCAGAAACUGCCUGUUCAGCACCUGCACCAGUGCUUUCGGACACAAUAGAGGAGCCCGAAGAGUGUCCUCCGAAGAGACGAACACUACAUUCUCUCUUAAGUGUGGAACAAGAGAUAGUCCAAAUAUUGGCAGAAAUGCAAAUGAAGAGAUCUGGUUGUACUUUUGGUACUAACGAUGAAGAAACCAAAAGAAAUGUUACAAACGACACACAAACAGAAGAUAAUAGAUCUGGUGUCAAUGAUGAAGUUAUGGGGGAAAAUGCUAUAAACCAUGAACAAACUGAGCAUAAUGGCACUGUUCCAGUUGCUGUUGAUGUCAUUAAUGCUAUUACUGAAAUUAACCAGGAUAAAACUCUCACCCCAAAUCACCCUGAAGAUGCCACUGUUCUAGUAGCACUUGAUGCUGCUAGUGCUAUUAUUGAAAACAACCUGGAGGAAACUCUCAUCCCAAAUCACCUUGAAGAUGAUGGCAAUGGUCCAGUAAUCACUGAUGUCACUAGUGGUAAUAUCGAAGACAACCUAGAAGAAGCUAUAACGUCAGAUGACGUCAGAGAUGAUGAUGCUGGUUGCCCAGAAAACACUGAUCCUGCUGCUGACAUUGAUAUAAAAGAAAAUAUUGAUGCAGUUGUGGCCACUGAUCAAGUUAAUGAUGGGGACUCUGAUUGCCCAGUAAACAUUGAUGCUGCUGCUGAGAUUGAUACAAAAGGAAAUAUUAAAGCAGUUAUGGCCACUGAUAAGCUUAAUGUUGAGGUCUCUGUCAGCAUUUCCGUUGGACAUGAAAAGUGUACUAUGAAGCAAGAGAAAAAUGAUGGUUUUAAUGGGGAUGUAGAGGAAAGGCACCCCAGUAACCCAACACCUGAUGAUAUCCGCAAUGGUGGCACUGAAGAAGAUUCAGAUGAGCUUGAAGUUAUAUAUGAAAGAAAAAAGCAUAUGUCCACAUCUCCUGUUGUAAAAUAUCAAAAAAGUGCAGUUCAACCAGAGGAGGCAAGUCAUUUUAGUGUGGACAUAAAAGUUGCGCACCCCCGUAACCCAACACCUGAUGAUAUCCGCAAUAGUGCUACUGAAGGAGAUUCGGACGAGGUGCAAGUUAUAUACGAAAGGAAAAAACAUGUGUCCACCUCUCCUGUUAUAAAAUAUCAAAAAAGUGCAGUUCUGCAAGAGGAGGCAGGUCAUUUUAGUGUGGGCGUAAAAGUUGCGGAAUCGGUGAAUGCAUUACAGUGUGGGGAACCUAGUCAACAAGAGGAAGAAAGGAGCUUUAAUGUGGAUACAGGUGUCUCGGUCUCCAAUAUUCCACCUUGCACGAAUGCUGCUAAACACAACGAUAUUGUAGACACUGAAAAAUCUGAUGGAGCAAACAUUGAAUAUGUUUGUCCUAUGUGUGUCUUGGCUGCAUCCCACACCACUGAUGAUAAGCAAAAGAAUGCAGGCUAUUUGAAAGCAAUUACAGACAAUUCGAAAUCUGGUUGUCCAGCUGUAGUUAGUGCUUCAAGCAGUGUUACUGAAGGAGAUCAGUGGGUAACUGCUGCUCUCGACAAUGUGCAGGGGCAGAGCUCUGGUUGUCCAACUGCUGUUAUUGUUUCAAACAAUGAUACUGAAGGAAACCAGCGGGUGAAUGCUGCUAUCGACAGUGUGCAGGAGCAAAUAUCUGGUUGUCCAACCACAGUUAGUGCUUCAAAUAAUGUUACUGAAGGAAACCAAGAGAUAUCUGAUGAUGUAGGCAUUGUGAAGGAUGAAAACUGUGAUUGUCCAGCUGUAGUUAGUGCUUCAGAUACUGAUACUGAAGGAAACCAAGGGGUAACUGCUGCUCUAGACAGUGUGAAGGACGAUGAAUCUGAGACUUCCUUUGUGAAAGAAGAAACAAUAGUAGACUACACAGUAGAUCCAGAUGACUCGGGACUUUCAUAUUCUUGCUUUGGAUGGGAAAGACAAGAGUCUGAAGCAGAUAUUAAUGAGGUUACUGAUGACUGGGAAACUGAUUGUCCACCAGAAAUACGGAACCCAGAUGCUAACAUUGAGAGAGAUCUCCAAGAAACUGUAAUUUCAGAUGAAUACAUUGAUUCAGUUCUUCAGACAAGAGUACUGGAUAGUCCUCAACCUUCAAAGGAAGACAAUAGUGCUGAGUCAGUUCUUGUGACAAGACUACCGGAUAGCCCUCAACCUUCAAAGGAAGACGGUAGUGGUGAGCCAGUUCUUGAGACAAGAUUACCGGAUAGCCCUCAACAUUCAAAGGAAGACAGUAGUGCUGAGUCAGUUCUUGAGACAACAGUACCGGAUAGCCCUCAAACUCCAAAGGAAGACAGUAGUUCUGAGUCAGUUCCUGUGACAAGACUACCGGAUAGCGCUCAACCUUCAAAGGAAGACAGUAAUGCUGAGCCAGUUCUUGAGACAAGAUUACCGGAUAGCCCUCAACCUUCAAAGGAAGACAGUAGUGCUGAGUCAGUUCUUGAGACAAGAGUACCAGAUAGCCCUCAAACUUCAAAGGAAGACAGUAGUUCUGAGUCAGUUCCUGUGACAAGACUACCGGAUAGCGCUCAACCUUCAAAGGAAGACAGUAAUGCUGAGUCAGGUCUUGAGACAAGAGUACCGGAUAGCCCUCAACCUUCAAAGGAAGACAGUAGUGCUGAGUCAGUUCUUGUGACAAGACUAUUGGAUAGCCCUCAACUUUCAAAUGAAGACAGUAGUGCUGUGUCAGUUCCUCAGACAAGAGUAUUGGGCAGCCCUUUACCUCCAGACAGAGCUAAUAAUGAUUCAGAUCUCUGCAUAGGAAAUCAGAUAAGUUCUCCAGUUUCAGCUGAAGAUAACAAUGUUGAAUGUGGUCUUCAGUCAAGAAUAGAUGACAGCCCUCCAGCUGCAAAGGAAGAUAACACAGUUGUUGUCGAAUCGAGUCUUCAAACAGGAAAACUGAGAAGCUCUGUAGUUAUAAAAGAUGAUAACAAUGUUGAAUCUGGACUUUCUAUGCAAAAACUGAAAAGACCUGUAGUUUCAAGACAAGGUAGUGUUCUCUCUUGCUGUGUUCCUGAAAGCUGGAACCCAAAUAGAAUCCUUGUAGUAAAGCUGAGAAAAACUGAAGUGAGUGAUUACUAUAAAGGAAUUGAAUCUCACGUGAGGGACAGAAAGUCAAGUAACAUAAGGAAUAUGGCAAAAAAAGAUCAACUGCAGGUUGACAGCUGUAUUGUGACACUGUCGGAAGACUACAGAAAUCAUAUUCCAGGAAAUGCAAAUCAAGGUCACCGUAACAGGUCAGGGAGCCUUGAAAAUAUCACAGAAGAUUCCAACCAAGAGGACUGUGAAAAAGUAGGAGAUUCUGCUUGUAAUUAUAAUUGCAAUUCCUGCUCAGAUGUUUUCUUAUCAAAAUACAGUCUUAUCAAACAUGUAUUUACCCAUACUGGUUUGGAUUCUCCUGUACACAUUUGUAAAUUUUGUGGGAUAGUUUUUAAUUCAGAUGUUGAAUUGCAGAGACACAAUGAAAAGAGUUGUUCUAGAAUAUUGCACAAAGAACCCUGUCAAUUUAGUCAUAAGUCUCAAGAAGGGAACUGUAAAACUGAUAUUAAUAGUUUCUUGGCAAAAAAUGAAGGUGCAGAUGGUGAAUUUACUUGCAGUUCUUGUGAAAAAGUUUUUCCAUCAAAAUAUUGUCUCAUAAGACAUGUAUUUACUCAUAUGGAUGGUGUACAGGCACCUUCACAUAUUUGUAAAUUGUGUGGCAAGAUUUUAAGUGCAGCUUUUAGCUUGAGAAGACACUAUAAGUAUGGUUGUAAGAAGUCAUAUCGUGAAGAAUCAUGGAAUAGCGAUAAUCAGUUGCAAGAAGAUACACAUCAUGAUCACAGGAACUUGCAGGAGAAUGAAGUGGUCAAGGAAGAAGUGGCACAAGUCAAACAUGCUCCCAACACCAACAAUAAAGAGUUAUCAUCAAAAGAUGUCUAUGAUCAUGUUGAUGGCGAAGAAACGUACUCAUACAUCUGCAGUGUGUGUGGUGGAACGUUUAGUACGGCAUCAAGACUGAAAAAACAUUUUUUGAAACUUUGUAGCAGAAUAGAUGAUUCCAUACAGUACCUUAAUGGAAUACAGAGGAGGACACAAGGAAAAAAAAUGAGUGAUUGCUCAGAUAAGUCUGACAGAACUACAGGAGGAACUACUCAUUCUGAAUUCAAAUGUAGUUCAUGUCCAAAAGUCUUGUUAUCAAAAGAUAGUCUUAAGAAACAUGAAUUUACUCAUAUAGAUACUACAUAUGCCCCUUCAUACAACUGUAAACAGUGUGGCAAGGUUUUCAAUACAGAAUUUCACUUGGAAAUGCACAUGAGCAGAAAGGAACAGUGCACAGCUGUAGAACAGAGAGACGGUGUUGUUGACCUUGACCUUUCUGACAAGAAAAGGUUUUUGCCUCAGAUUCAUAAUGUGUCACAACAGGAGUUGGCCAUAUCUAUUAGUGCUGCACAGUCAUCAAAUUCCAAAUUUAAGAAUAUACGUGUCACAUACAAAUGGUCAGUUAGGAGUGGACGGAAGGUGAAAAUGUAUCUUUGUGAUUUAUGUGAUAAACCCUUUAAAAGGUCAAGUAACCUUUUAACACACCGACGUACGCAUACUGGAGAAAAAAACUGCAUCUGCAAUAUCUGUGGUAAAUCAUUUGGUGUGAUGAGCAAUUUGAAGAGACAUUUGAUGUCACAUUCAGGAGAAUAUCCGUAUACGUGUAAUGUUUGCAAUAGACAGUUUAAGCAGAAAGAACAUUUGAAGAGGCAUGGGCGUAUCCAUACAGGAGAGAGACCUCACAAGUGCUGCAUUUGUGGAAAGUGUUUCAAGCAAUCAGGCUCAUUGCAAAAACAUAAAGUUGUACAUACAGGAGAAAAGCCACACAAGUGUGAAAUUUGUGGUAAAACUUUUGGUCUUCUUGGCAAUUUGAAGCAGCAUACAUAUACACAUGCAAAGGAAAGAUGCUAUAGGUGUGACAUUUGUUUUAAAUCUUUUAGCAAGUCCACUACGCUGAAAAAGCAUUCAUGCAUUGCCCCAAGUGAAGGCAGGCGAUUUAAAUGUACCUUUUGUUGUAAAUACUUCUAUCAAUAUUGUCUUCUGAAACAACACAUUGCUAUCCAUACAGGAGUACGACGUUACAAGUGUAAUGUUUGUGGGAAAUCUUUUAUUGGAUCAGGUAAUUUGAAGAUACAUAUGUAUGUACAUACUGGAGAGAAACCAUACAAAUGUGAAGUAUGUGGAAAAACUUUUAACCAGUCCAGCAGUAUGAGGCGACAUUUAAGAGUACAUAAUACAAUGUAAUGUGUGCACAUGGUACUGUCUUCUGUGUGUUUAGCAUAAGAUGCCUUUAGAUACAAUGAUACAAAUUUUGUGUCACAUAAUUUCGGGUUGUAGAGAGAUAAUAAAAAUAUUUCAUAAGUGUACAUACUGGGGAGAACUUCACUGUGUAAAGUGUAUGAUGUAUGUUUAAACUUAGUAUUAUGAGAUGGCAUAAAAUAACCUGUGCUGCAGGUUCGGACUCAUUGGCUUUCAGUACAAGAUGCAUCCAUCAGCCCUCAGAAAUGCAAAUUUUGUAUAAGGCUGUUGAAAGCUAUUCUUGAAUGUGCAUAACCUAGUAUGUAUGAUACGAUUACAGUAUCUGAAAGAUAUUGGGUGGAUAUUGCUACAAUAUUUAAAAGAUAUUGGCAUUAUUCUGGUGAUACAUAAAUUUGGAUUAAUGUUGUGAGAUGUAUUUCUGUUGUGCUAAUAUAUUAUCUAUUUAUCACAGGUACCAAGUGGUGAUAUUUUUC